AUGGCACCUAGACUCCCUCCACCACAGCCCAAUGAACCUGAUGCGCCCAACAACACUAGGUUGUUGGAAACAGUGAUUGAUAGGCUACAACAACAAAACACUAUCCUAAUGGAGCAGAACGCAGCUGCCCUACAGAGUUUGGAGGCCGCUCGCGCCAGCUCUGAAGCUACACAUAGGCAACUAAUGGAGAUUAUUGCAGCUACUAGGAAUACGCAGGGAGCGUCUUCUUCCAACGCUACCCAACAUACUGAAUGGAGUUUGGAAAGUUUUCUUCAACACCACCCGACCAAGUUCAAUGGGAAAGGAUUACCGGACGAGGCUGAUCAGUGGAUAAGAGACAUGGAGAGAAUUUACGAUGCCAAGAGGUGCCCUGACGAGAAUCGCUUGGCAUUCACGGAGUAUUUGCUUACCGGGGAAGCCAGCCACUUGUGGUCGAGCAUGAAAGCUAUUUUAACGGACGCUCAAAGUCCCAUCACUUGGGCGGUUUUCAAGAGUAAGUUCUAUGAAGAAUACUUCCCAGACAACGUUCGUUACGCUAAGGAAGUUGAGUUCCUUCAACUGGUGCAAGGAGCGAAAUCUGUGUCUGAGUAUACCAACACGUUCAAGCAUCUGUUGAGGUUUAAUACCAUGGUUACAAGUGAAGAGUGGCAAUGUAGAAAGUUUGAGAACGGGCUGAGGAGUGACUUGAAAGUAUUGAUAUCCAGCUUGUGUAUUAGGUCGUUUCCUGCUAUGGUCGAGAGGGCCAAGGUGUUGGAGAAGAACGUGGCUGAAGUCGAACAGCAGAAGAAACAACAAGCAACCAGGGGACCGAUUCUAUCAAGAACAAAUCUGAAUCGGAAUAGGACGCCGUACGCUCGUCCAGCACAGUCAAGUGGAUCUCAGGCGAUGGUGGUUGCUGGACAGUCGGGACAACAGGGGGCGAUCAAAUGUUUUUAG